CGAGGGGGAGCGAGAGGCCGUGGGGGCCGGAAUAGGCCAAUGAAGAAGGAAGAUAAAGAGGAGAAAGAGAAAGACAGAGGGGAGGAGAAAGGGGAGGAAGAGAAGCUGGAGACUACGAGGCAGAUGCUCCGUAGCCUUUCCAUGGAUGCGCAAGCGGCGGAGCUGAUGCGCCUCCGAGAGGCAGCAGCUGUCGAAAGGAAGCAACUCCUCUGGAAAGAAGAGAGGAUUUUGAUCCUUGAGGGGGCUAUUGCUACAAAACUCCGUCAAGAAGGCCCAGCAGAGUCUGCCGGUGACCCUGCUUCUGCCGCUGCCGCUACUCAGCCAACUCUUGCCAUGGAGGUGGAGGAGAUCCCUGAGGCUUCAGCUGAAGACUGGGUGAUGGAAGGGACCUGAAUGUACGCAUAUUUACCUGCACGGUGGUUUUAGUAUGACUAACUGCAGCCCAAAUGUAGGCCUGCGACAUCCUCGUCGACAUCUGUGCAGUAAUAUUGGUAUAGAUCUCGACGGACCCCCUGAGUGUUUCUCUUCGGUUGUUUUUUUGUUUUAGCGCGUCUCAUCCGAGCAGCCGGCGCUUAGAUC